AUAGGGACACAAAAUGGAGACGUUUGGAAAAUGAAUAAGACAUUUUGCAUGAGUAUGCUGCAUGACCUCGGUUUUGCGAAGACCCAGAUGGAGGACCAUAUGAUGAUGCGCUUCCGCCGCCUGGCCAAGCAGUUGGAAGAAACCCUUGGUGAAUCAUUGUCAGUACGUCGCCUUGUCAUGAAUUGUGCAGUCGGCAAUGUUGCGCAUUUUUUCUUCCCGUCGGGACUACCCGACGAGAAUGCUGUGCAACAGCGCUUCACCGAACACCUCGAGAUUUUGGGCUCCAUAAUGCUUACGGCCCCACUCUUCGAGAGCACGCCGCGGUGGCUGCGAAACCUGGUAGAGCGCGUCCCUUUUACCAGGGUAGGGAAAGCAUGCCAAAUAAUGGAUGAUUACGAAUCCUUUAUAAGGGAACAGAUUAAAAAAUACAAACCGCCGUCGACGGAGAACACCAAGCAAGAUUUCAUUGCUCAGUACACCAAGAAGAUUGAGCAGGCCAAAGGCGAGCCCGAUCUAGCGUUUCAAUACCGCUACCUGGUCGGAAACAUUAAAGACAUACUCAUGGCGGGCUCGUUCAGCACAACUUCCACCAUGUACUGGCUUUUUCUGAAUUUCGCCGUGAACCAGGACACCAUUCAGGCUCGUGUGCAGCAAGAAAUCGACGAAGUGAUUGGUCAGCACAGGGAGCCAACGUGGGAAGACAGGAACCGAAUGCCGUACACCCAGGCUUGCCUGUGGGAGAUGGCACGGUGGAAAACUGGAUCACCCCUAGGAAUGCCCAGAGAAGCAAGCGACGACAUCGUGGAGGAUGACAUCUUUAUACCCAAGGGCACCGUCAUUAUUUUCAAUCUUUGGGCUGCACACAAUGACCCCACGUACUGGAAAGAGCCCCGCCGGUUUGACCCAGGUAGAUUUCUGAAAGAAGGAUCAAUCCUGCAGGAAAAACCUCGGCAUCUGAUGCCAUUUUCAGUGGGGCGCAGGUCGUGUCCCGGAAAUACUUUCGCCUCAAUGGAAUUGUUUUUACUGUUGACAUUUGUGCUUCAAAAAUUCCACAUAGCCCAAGAACAACCACUGCAGCAAGACAUAAAUGAUCCCGCUCUGACAUUAUCUGAUUUGAAGCACUUGAAGUUUCGGUUCUUACCGCGUCGCUAAACCGACACCAGAAUAUUUCUACUUGGCCGCUUGCAAGCUCUUCGCACAUAUCCUUCUGUAUGAGCAUGAAUUUUUUGCGAGACAUCGACGUCGCAUGGA